UGGCAGGUUCAUCGACAUGGAGAGAGUACACCGAUUAGAUAUGAACAAUUUGAACUCACCAAAAAAUUGCAAGAGCUGAUAAAACCCUGGGGAUACGGACAACUGACUUCUGCUGGCAAAAGGACUGGCUACAAAUUAGGCAAAUUUAUUCGUCGUAGGUACAACGAGUUGCUUUCUCCAAAAUAUAAGGAGUCCGAGAUCUACAUCCGAUCGACUGACUCCACAAGGUCAAAGAUGACAAUGCUGACUGCCAUGUCUGCCGUGUACCCAUCGCUUAAAAAUGCUUGGAGUAAAGAUAUUUGCUGGGAACCUGUGCCUUACACUACUGAACCAGCUAGGUAUGAUUUUAAUACAGCAUUUGUGAACUGCCCCGAUCUCGUGCUCUUCCAUGAAUAUACCGAGAACCAAACAUCACAUAGGAUGAGCCAAUAUUCAAAUAUUCUUGCUAAUAUAUCCGAUGCUUUAAACUUCAACCUCACUGCGUUCCCCUUGUUUGCGUACAAGCUUUACGAUUUUGUAGUCAGCCAGCAACAUCUGGGUUAUGAUAUAGGCCAAAGAUUGACUGAAUUAAUGCUACCAUUCGAAUUCGCUGCAAGUGAAGCCAUGGACAUAAUGCACGGUGAUGAUAAUUUCAUUGACUUGCAAGCUGGUGUUCUCCUAAAGGAAUUCUUUACACAUGCUAAAGGAAUUAUCAACUGUACAGGCACUCAGCGAGUUCGUAUAUACUCCGCUCAUGACAUCAAUGUCUACUCUUUACAAUCUGUGUCCUUAGUGAAUCCAAGACAGGGAUUCCCAAAAUAUGGCUCCGUAUUCUCUUUGGAACUGAGAAGGAUUCCUGAAACUGGCGAAUUUGUUGUUUUGCCCGUCUACCUCCCCUCACCGAAUGAGACAGAAUAUUACCUUCAUGUACACGGCUGUGGCCUCCCCUGUAAAUUUGACAAAUUCUUUGAGAUCACCUCAAGGUAUCUUCACGACGUAGAUUCUUGGCGUGCAAAAUGUGGAUUCACUGAGGAUUACAAAGUCGAUGCCUCGAUCUUGGAUUAAUUCUUGAAAUAGGCUAACUUGGCAGAGUAGUCUCGGCAACGUCUUCCAAAAUUGAAUAUGUUACUUCCUAUUAUAAAUUUAAAAUAGAAAUUUACCUUCUACGUUCUCAACAAAACACUUUUGCCGCGAAAUCUUCGUGGUUAAACAUUUUAUAUUUUUAAUUUUCCACGAUAUUUGUCACCUUUGUCCGUACCACAUUAUUUAGUUUUUUAUUAGAAGAAAUGUCUUAUUAUAACCUUUAAAAUAUACGGAAAUUAUCUCCCAAUUCGGUGUUUUAAUAAGGGAGCAAAGGCUGCUGCCUGC